AACCUGCAGACCUCUUGAAGGUAUUAGAUUUUCAUAAUUUACCUGAUGGUAUAACAAAAACAACAGGGUUUUGCACAAGCAGAAGAUCUUCGAAAGAAGCAGAUGUUGCUUAUAGAGUAACAAAAGAUGCUCAGCUUAGUGCACCGACAAAGCAGCUGUAUCCUGCUUCCCCAUUCCCAGAGGACUUCUCCAUUCUAACCACUGUAAAAGCGAAGAAAGGAGGUCAGUCCUUCUUGAUCUCAAUUUACAAUGAGCAAGGGAUCCAGCAAAUUGGUGUGGAGAUGGGUAGAUCUCCUGUAUUCCUGUAUGAAGACCAUACAGGAAAGCCAGGCCCAGAAGACUAUCCUCUCUUUAGAGGCAUUAACCUAGCAGAUGGCAAGUGGCACAGAGUAGCUAUCAGUGUGCAGAAGAAAAAUGUCACCUUGAUUUUGGACUGUAAAAAGAAGAUAACCAAGUUCUUGGACCGAAGCGACCAUCCCAUCAUUGACGUCAAUGGCAUCAUUGUAUUUGGAACAAGGAUAUUGGAUGAGGAAGUCUUUGAGGGCGACAUCCAGCAGCUCCUGAUUGUGGCGGACCCCCGAGCAGCCCACGAUUACUGCGAACACUACAGCCCCGACUGCGACACUGCCAUCCCUGACUCCCCCCAGUCCCAGGACCCCAACCAGGAUGAAUACUACACCGAUGGGGAGGGAGAAGGUGACACCUACUACUACGAGUACCCCUACUACGAAGAUGUUGAUGAAACUGUAAAGCCAGAAGCACCCACCACCAAACCCAGCACUCCCGAGGUGGCUGCUGGAGAGAGACCUGAAACCAAGCAGGACUAUCCUUCCCCUACGCCAUUACCUGAUGGAGGGGACCCCGGGAAGUGGACGAAAGGGGAUGCUGUGGUGGAUGACCCUCUCGUGGAUGAGUACAAUUAUGAAACCAUUAACGAAGAGUACUUCACGCCUCUCCCCUAUGAAGAUGUCAACUACAAUGAAGAAGUAGACACCCAGGGAGGACUCACUGAAAAUGCCGUGGAAGCUGAACUCCCCACGAGUACCGUCAUCACCUACAAUGAGACCGAUGCUGCUCAAGGAGGAGACGACCUGGAUAAAGAUUUCACCGAGGAAACAAUAAAAGAAUAUGAUGGGAAUUAUUAUGAUAACUAUUACGACCGAACAGUGUCUCCUGAUAUUGGCCCCGGCAUGCCUGCUAACCAGGACACCAUCUACGAAGGGAUCGGUGGCCCACGGGGUGAGAAAGGACAGAAGGGGGAGCCUGCGAUUAUUGAGCCGGGUAUGCUGGUGGAAGGCCCACCUGGUCCCGAAGGCCCAGCAGGUCUUCCAGGACCUCCAGGACCAACUGGACCUGUGGGCUUAAUGGGUGACCCUGGGGAGAGAGGACCACCUGGUCGCCCAGGUCUUCCAGGAGCAGAUGGUUUACCAGGACCACCGGGGACAAUGCUUAUGUUGCCUUUCCGCUUUAGUGGAGGAGGAGAUGCUGGCUCUAAAGGACCUCUCGUUUCAGCCCAGGAGGCCCAAGCCCAAGCCAUCCUGCAGCAGGCCAGGCUGGCACUGAGAGGACCAGCAGGUCCAAUGGGUCUGACAGGGCGGCCGGGCCCCAUGGGACCCCCAGGCAGUGGAGGACUGAAGGGAGAAGCUGGAGAAAUGGGACCUCAGGGUGAGCCAGGCCCCCACGGACCCCCAGGGGCACCUGGAGAGGAUGGCGAGAGG